AUGAGUGAGGCUAUGGCACGAUGGCUGGAGGAGGGCAAGGCUGUUGUGAAGCAGCAGGCCUUCUUGAUGAAGCGAGCUCUCGACAACACCAACUUGCGUGACGGUCUCAAGUACGGAAGCAAUAUGCUGUGCGAGCUCAGAACCGGUCUUCUCUCUCCCAAGAAUUUUUACGAACUUUACAUCAUGGUUGCGGAUGAGAUGAGACAUCUGGAGCAGUACUUCUUGGAGGAGUGGAAGAGAGGGAGGAGAAUGGUCGAGCUGUACGAGCUGGUGCAGCAUGCUGGGAACAUAGUCCCGAGGUUGUUUCUUCUCAUCACAGUUGGAAGCGUGUACAUCAGGUCCAAGGAGGCCCCUGCACGAGACAUCCUCAAGGAUCUGGUGGAGAUGUGCCGAGGAGUCCAGCACCCGAUGCGAGGGCUGUUCUUGAGGAACUACCUGCUUCAAUGCGCUAGGGACAAGCUGCCUGACAUCGGCUCGGAGUACGGCAGUGACGUGGCAGACGGCAUCGACUUCCUCAUGCACAACUUCGCGGAGAUGAACAAGCUGUGGGUCCGCAUGCAACAUCAGGGGCCCGUGCGCGACAGAGAGAGGAGGGAGAGAGAGCGACUCGACCUGCGCAUCCUCGUGGGCACGAACCUGGUCAGGCUCUCUAACCUUGAGGGGAUCGAUGCAGACAUGUACAAGACACAAGUUCUCCCCCGUAUCCUGGAGCAAGUCAUCAGCUGCAAGGACCAGAUUGCCCAGCAGUACCUCAUGGAAGUGAUCAUCCAGGUUUUCCCCGACGAGUUCCACCUUCGCACCCUCGAGGAGUUCUUGGCUACCUGCCCUCAACUUCAGUCCGGGGUCGACGUCAAGGCGAUCCUCGUAGCUCUCAUGAACCGUCUGGCCGCGUUUGCCAAGGCCGAGCCCGCACAAAUUCCUUCCGACGUCGACAUGCUUGCCAUCUUCCAUUCCCACGUCUCCAAGAUGACUGGUUCCAACACCCUCGAGCUCGCCGCCUCCUUGGACCUUCAGGUCGCCUUGGUGAACUUUGCGCUCGGUUUUGCUCCGGACCGGCUGGACUUUGUGGAUCAGACACUGGCAGUGUGCGCCCAGCUCCUGCAGUCCAACGGAGAGACCAGGCUGUCGGGCCCGGCGAAGCACUCGACCGUACAGCUCCUCAAGACUCCUCUCAUCUCCAACGGGCAACCUCUCACCAUCCUUGCCCUUCCCCACUAUGCUGGCUUGAUGAUCUACCUUCCCCUUGAGUCGCGAUCCGAAGUCGCUACCCUCGCAGUCAGGAUGCUCCUCUCCUCCAAGACUCCAGUCGACAGCUUGUUGAACUUCAUUCAGCCCCUUGUGAAGGAUGUUGAGGAAGACGGGCCGAAUGAGCUUGACGAGGAGGAGAUGGAGACGGAGCAGAACUUGAUUGCUGCCCUCAUCCACAACUUCAAGAGCUCUGACACAGACACCCAGUAUGCCAUCCUCGUAGGAGCUCGCAAGCACUUCGGGCAGGGAGGGCCCCGGCGCAUCAAGUUCACCCUCGUCCCCAUGGUCGUCCGCGCGCUGGAGCUGGCGGAACGGGUCCACGAGGAGGAAGAGGGAGGAGGAGAGCGGGCAGGGACGAUCUCAGCCAAGAAAGUCUUCGGCUUCACCCUUGAGACCAUUAAGGGGCUGGCAAGUGCGGAGCCAGUCAUGGCGCUGCGACUCUUCCUGCAGGCGUCUUUGAUCGCCAACAAGUGCGGGGAGGACAAGAUCGCGUACGAGCUCGUCUCCCAGGCGUUCAUCCUGUACGAGGACGAGGUGUCGGACUCUAAGAUCCAGAUGGAGUUAGUUCUUGAAGCAGCGGGAACGCUGUUCCUCCUCAACAACCUCGACCCUGAGGACUAUGACACGCUUAUCACCAACACAACUAAACACGCAGCGAGACUGCUCAAGAAGCCUGAUCAGUGCAGAGCUGUGUACACAUGCUCACACCUCUUCUGGAAUGCUGGAGUCAAGUACGAAGAUGGAAGAACUUUCCAGGACGGGAAGAGGGUGUUGGACUGCUUGCAGCGGUCGCUUAAGAUUGCAGAUGUUUGCAUGCAGUCUUCCAACAAUGUCAACCUUUUCAUUGAGAUUUUAGAUCGUUACUUGUACUACUACGAAGCUGGGAAUGAGAAGGUCACCGUCAAAUACAUUCAGGUCAAUCAAUGCUCCUUUUCCUAA